UUAAAACCAAAAAAAAAAAAAAAAAAAACAAACAAACACACUCUCUAGAUUUAUUACAAGAUUCCAGAAUUAUACUGUGGGGAUCCAUUCCACCAAACCCAAAUAAAUCAGGAAAAAAUCUUAUCCAAAAUAGAACUUCCACAUCUCCAAAAGAUAAAAAAAGUAAAAAGAAAAAAAAGUAAAGAAAAGAAGAAGAAGAAGAAGAGAGAACUGAAUACAAGAAACCACCUCUGUCUCUCUCCUCUGUCGCUCUCUCUCUCUCUCUCUCUCCUCCAUUGGGUUUCUCUUCUCUCUCUCUCCCUCUCCCUCUCCCUCUUCGUAUUAUACUCCGGUGCGUGAUUCUCAGAUCCACAAAAUGCGUUUCCUACGAAGGAUCGCGGGGAUCUUCGGGCUCGGGAGGGACGACGCCGCCCACAACGAGGGAUCGGACGGCGCGGGCGAAGGGGCCGGCGACGAUCGGGCGGCGGAGGGCGCCGCCAGGAGGCGAGGCUUCAGCGUCCAGGUCCCCGUCGCCGUCGAUCGCUCCGCCGCCGCGGGCGGCGGCGGCCCCGUCCUCGUCCCCAGCGACCUCGGCGAUGGCGGAGUCCAGGUACUAGAGCUCAUCCUUGCGAUUAUGCGCUUAAUCGACGAUAUUAGUUUAUCUGUACUUGUUGAUGUGUAGUUGAACCCUAACGCGUUCGAUUUGAGUGAUAUGUGGUAGGAUUUCGUGGUUUAUAAUCGUAACCUGAAUCAUAUUCAUAGGUUCUUCUUGGGCGUGUAAU